AAGAGAAGAAGAGAAGAAGAGAAGAAGAGAAGAAGAGAAGAGAGAGAAGAAGAGAAGAGAGAAGAGAAAGGAGAGAGAGAGAAUGCAAAUAAAUAAAAAGAAGAAUUAGAAAAAAAAAGAUUAUCCACAUUUAAUGAACAACUAUGACAACGACGAAGUAAGGGGAUCUUUUCCUACAGACUUUGCAAAGCUGUGCCUCCGCUGAAUCAGCUGAGACGUAAACAACACUCUGGGCACAUGGUCGGCGAGGGAGGCCUGGCGAGCUGAUGCAAGCUUCUAUUGUAUUGUGUCAGGAGUAUUGUCAGCCAGAGGAAGGCUCUUAGGCUGUUACUGGAGUAUUCUUGUCUAGAGUAAGGUUGAAAAGUCACAAUGUUCCAGUUGGCUGAGAUACGUCACAUGGUUCGUAUCCCUCCGUGGCUCUUUGGCCAAACGCUUAAUGAUGCAGUGGUGGAAGAGCUGAAUCGGAAACUUGCCAAUAAGGUGGUUUUGAAUGUCGGUCUCUGUAUAGCUUUGUUUGAUGUGACAUCUUUGGGAGACUCAUACAUUUUCCCUGGCGAUGGAGCUUCACAUACACGUGUCACAUUCCGCUAUGUUGUAUUUAGACCAUUCAUGGAAGAGAUCUUGGAGGGCACCAUCAAGUCUGCAGAUGCUGAUGGUCUCCAAGUAAGUCUUGGAUUCUAUGAGGAUGUUUAUAUCCGACGGGAUGCCAUGAUGACAAACUCUCACUUUGACGAGACCGAUGGAACUUGGGUGUGGGAUUACCAGACUGAUGAUGAAACACAUCACCUUUUCAUGGAUAUUGGGGAAAAGGUACGCUUCAAAGUGAUAGCAGAGCAGUUCACAGAUACAACUCCAUCAGCACCUGGUAUGACUGAGGGAGAUGGUGCAGUAGCAGACAGGAAGGAAGGAAAAAUUCCCUACAUUGUAUUUGGAGCAAUCAAUGAUCAAGGCUUGGGGUUAGUGUCAUGGUGGACAAAUGCCAAUGGUGACCAAGGUGACGAAGAGAGGGAGGAAGAAGAGGAAGAGGAAGCAUGACCACGGUAUCCACAGUGGGCAUCCACAUUUGCGUUAUGAGACCACUGCCCUUUUUGCAUGUUCUCAAAGCUGCAAAAAUGACACUGAGAAAAAGCCUGUGUUCACAUAUAGGUCUGUGAUCGUAUGAAUAGGUAUGAACACUCUUUAAGUGUGUGUCAGAAGUGUUAUAUAGUGAUUUUUUUUAUUUGUUGUUGGAUUAGGCAAAGUGAAACUGAGGGAUUGUUGAGUGUGUAGAUUAGAUGAUGGCUUGGAAACCAUGGUGGUAACUGAAUUACACACAUAACAGCAGAUUAUUUCACUGGAGCAACUAAGAUAUGAUGUGCAAAUGCUAUUACAUAUGAUAGCUAAAAUAUAUUAGCUGUGUUAAACUUCAUAUUGUUUAUAAAACUAGUCAUAAUGUAUCUGUAAUCAAUAUGCAUGUUCAUUGUCAUAUAAUCAGGUUUGCAUAGGAAUACUUUGCACCUCUAAGCAUCUUUUUUGCAGGAGGAACCGUCAGUAUAUAGCAGCUGCAUAUCAGAUGAAAAUAAAAUCUUUAUUAAAGAUUAUUACCAAAAGUAAUAUUAAUGGCCUACAUUUUUGAAGAUGCUAAUGUUAAUUUCAACAUUUCAAGGUACUCAAAUAUCAACAUCCUCAUCUUCAUCCUCAUCCACAUCAUCAGUUUUCAUCUCGUCUUCUUCUUUUUCUUGUUUUUGUUGUAGAUGUUGUUCCAACUACUAAUAUUGUUAUCAUUAUUAUUAUUAUUAUUAUUAUUAUUAUUAUUAUUAUUAUCAAUGUUAUAAUUAUCAUUAUUAUUAUCAGUGUUAUAAUUAUCAUUAUUAUUAUAAUAAUAAUAAUAAUUAUUAUUAUUGUUACUGUAAUAUUAUACUACUACUACAACAACAACUACUACUACUGCUACUAGCAUCACUACUAGCGCUACUACUACCACUACUACUAUUACCACCACUACUACUAGCACUAUCACUACUACCACCACUACUAUUAUUACCACCACCACCACUACUACUACUACUACUACUACUACUACUGCUACUACCACCACUACUACUAUUACUACCACCACCACUACUACUAUUACUACCACCACCACUACUACUAUUACUACCACCACCACCACUACUUCUACUACUACUACUACUACUACUACUACUACUACUACUACUACUACUACUACUGCUAUUACUACUACUACUACUGCUACUAGCACCACUACUAUUACUACCACUACUAAUAUUAGUACCACUAAUAUUACUACCACUACUACUGUUACUACCACUACU